AUGGAGGAUGGUAUAAUGGAUGAUGGUGGACUUGAGGGAUGCAUCGAAGAAUUGGGAAAGUUGGCCAAGGAUAAAUCACCAUAUCUUAGUAUGGAGUUUCCAUCAGAAGAAGCUGCAUAUGAGUUUUAUGAUGAAUUCGGAAGAAUUGUGAGGUUUAGUAUUAUAAGAGAUUAUUGUAACAAAAGCAAGAAAAAUGGUGUUAUGACUAGUAGAAAGUUUGUUUGUUAUAAGGAGGGAGAGAGGGAAAAAGAUAAACGGUACACGGGUAUAAAUAUUGAUAUAGCUGAUGAGACUGGAAUUUCUCUUAAGGCUUCACAUGAUCUUAUUAGUGCUAUAGCAGGAGGGAAGGAAUUUGUAAGGUUCACGAGGGAGGAUCAGAAAACCUACUUACAUGCAAAAAGACAGCGAAACUUACAGUAUGGUGAAACAGGGAGUUUGUUAAGAUAUUUCCAGCAACAAGUGACAGAAAAUCCAUAUUUUUACUAUGCCAUUCAGUUGGAUGUAGAUGAGAUGAUUACUAAUAUUUUUGGGGCUGAUCAUCAGAUAAUAACAGAUUAUGGACUUUUCGGUGAUGUUGUGUCAUUCAACACAACUUUUCGAACAAAUAAGGAGUACCGUUCACUUGUUUUAUUUUAUGGCUUUAACCACUUUAGAAUGACAGUGAUUUUUGGUGCAGCAUUAUUGUAUGAUGAAAUUGCAAAGUCAUUUGAAUGGUUAUUUGAAACUUUUUUAGAUGCAAUGUUGGAAAAAAAGCCUAUUAGUUUUUUCACAGACCAAGAUCAAGCAAUGGCUAAAGCAAUUUCACAAAUCAUGCCUGAGGUUUUUCAUGGGUUGUGCACUUUUCACCUAAUGCAAAAUUCUUUGAAGCAUUUAGGUUACUCGUUCAAGAGUGGUUCAAAAUUUAGUAGUGAUUUAAAAGCUUGCAUUUAUGCCUACAAGAAUGAGCAUGAAUUAAUUGAAGCUUGGAAUUCUUUGAUGAUAAAUAUAACUUGCAAGAGAAUGAGUGGAUGGAAAGAACUUGGAGAAAAACAGAGCAGUGGGCGCAUGUAUAAGCAAUAUGAGGAAAUUUCUGCAAUAUAUGAUUUUAGACAAAAGUUGCCAAGAAUGAAAUUGAAAAAGUCUCCCAUUUUAAUCCAGCAAUUCAAUGAAUUAGAAGAAGUUAAGUGCGUGUUUGGCUUGUAUGGUAAUAAUGAAGAGUAUAUUGUGGAGGGUAGGGUGGAAGUUAUUGGGCUAAGAGGAGAAAAAAACUGUCGAAAAAUACAUUGUACUUGUAAGAAAUUUGAAAACUUUGGAAUUUUAUGUAGUCGUGCAAUCAAAGCACUUAAUAAAAUUAAUGUUAUAGAAAUUCCCAAAAGGUAUAUAUUAGGCCAAUGGAGAUUGGAUGCAAAAGAUUGUCAAGUUGAAGAGGAAAAUUUUGUAGUGGAUGAGGAUGAUCCGAAGUUGUUAAUAUUAGUACAUUAUAGAGAUCUUUGUCUAAGAAUGUUGAAACUAGCAACUCAAGCAUCUGUGCACAAACCUGCCUAUCAAUUGGUUGAUGAAGGGAUUAAGGAAUUGUGUGUAAAAGUGAAUAAUCUGAUGAAGGGAGUUGGAAAUUUUGGUACCAAAGAACUAGAUGUGGAGGACCCCAACUUUGCACAAGUUAAGGGCAUAAAGAAGAAAGAUGUUGGACACAAAGGGAGAGGUAGAUUAAAACCUUGGCAUGAGAUGAUGAAUAAGAAGAUAAAAAUUAUUUCACAACCUACCCGCCUUAGUAAGACUAUUGAUCAAUCAAGCAACACUACAAAUGUUCAAAAUUCAUCUUCAAGCCAACCACAGACUAUUGGUCAAUCAAGCAAUAUCACAAAUGUUCAAAAUUCAUCUUUAAGCCAACCACAGGAAAUAUCACUUAAUCUACCGAGGCACAAUCCAAUGGAGACCGAAUUUAAAAAUGAGAGUUCUUUUGAUUUUUCUAUUUAUUCCCAACCGCCUCCACAAAAUUGA